CUCUGAACCCAAAACGCGCUUCAGCAGCCUCAACGGAGACGCUCGCUCGGCCACUGGAUUGCCAUUCCUCAAUAUCGGCCGUGCUGGCCAUCACUGUUCCUAACCAGUUCCGGUCAUGUCGGCGAGUUCGGCUGACUCUAUCGCCUUGGAUGGGUCGAGCUCCGACCUUAGUCGGCAGUUAUAUUACCGUGCCAAAGCCAACGAUUCUGUGGCUCAGGUGACGCUUAACCCAGUUCCCGACGCCGUACAAAGUCGGUUAGAUGACUUGGAACUCGACUGGAGCAAACUGCCGGGUCUGGCUCAGUUGGCACUGUUAUGGGACUCUGGGUUCGCCAUCAACUCCAAUAACGACGCUGUCCAGGUCUGGACCUUGGAGGGCCACAGCAUGUCCACGUUGGCACUCACACUGACCGAGUAUGAGAAUGCCGGUUGUGUGCCUAAAAACUGCACGGAGCCGGACGACGCCAUCAUGUAUGAGAGUCGGUACUGCAACGGGGCUCAGAUGAGCUACGCCGCCAAGUGCGUCGUCCAGGACUUCGACGGCGACGGCGCAUACCACGCAGCAAUGUGGGGCAUCGGAGGCAAUUCCGAGUCGGCUCCGGCACUUCGGAUGCUCAAACACGAGUGGAACGACAACGGUACUGACUACGAGAUCAUGGCUCUGCAUACCGUGACAGCGGAGAACGAACCGGGCUGGAAUGCCUGUCCAAUCAGCAACAUGAACGGAGGCUACGGGUCGCUGGUGUUCCCGUGCCGGACGACGGGCAACAUUACGGCCGAGAAUAAAAAGCAGAUGAAGGAAGUCACGGGGUCCGCUUGGGUGUCGGAGUGGCUGGUGACGGACUAUAAGGACACGGCGGGGGUGGACUCGAGCGGGUUUAACAUGUUACUACUGAUCCCCAUUAUUCUCGGAGUUUUGGUCAUUUUUGCGCUAAUCGGACUGGUAUUUUACUGCAAGAAGAAGCGACGACAAAGAUGUCUGGAUGAAUUCGAGGAGUCCACUACUGGUGAGUCACCGUAUGUGGUCGCUCCGUCGGCUAAAAGCUUCGAUCAGCGAGAUACACUCGCUCGGCCGACAGUCGCGGUUAGUGAAGACAUGACUACGGCCACGUACUCGGGUGCCGACCAGACGAUUCAGUUCCCAGGCUACGGUGGAGAAUUCAUGUCUGGAGGGUCAAAUACCACGCUGAGCGUGCUUCUAAUGAGCGAAUAUCUCGUCGGACAGCGGAUUCCACUUGAAAAUUUAAAUUUCGAGAGAGCUCUAUCCAAAGGAGCGUCGGGAGAAGUGUGGAUAUGUGAAUAUGCAGGCCAGAAAGUUGCAGCUAAGCGAUUGCUACAAACCAAGGAAAACAAAGCCGAAGACGUCCACGAAUUUGCUCUGGAGAUCGAUCUAAACGCUCGUCUGGAACAUCCGAACAUCGGAGCUUUUAUCGGCGUGGCAUGGGGCAGUCUCAACAAUCUAACUAUGGUGAUCGAGUAUUUCCCACUUGGAGAUCUACAGAAAUAUCUAAAGAGAAACGCUGAUCUGUUAUCUUGGGCCAGAGAUAAAAUUCACAUGGCGGUGGGUGUGGCUCGAGCGCUCGAGUAUCUUCACGGAUAUUCUCCUCCCAUUAUCCAUCGUGACCUCAAAUCCAAGAAUAUUUUACUUACGCGACAAUUGGAAGCUAAAGUGAUAGAUUUCGGUGUAAGUCGUGGACGUCUGGAUAAUACCAUGACAGCAGGUGUCGGCACUCCAUUCUGGACCGCGCCAGAGAUUCUGGAAGGCAAGAGAUACUCGGAACAAGCCGACAUUUACUCAUUCGGUGUGGUUUUAUCCGAGCUGGACACGGGUAAAAUACCGUUUUACGACUGUGCGGGCUCAGACGGGAAGAAAACUAAGCCGUUCCACAUCCUCCAAGAAGUUAUGGCUGGUACUUUACGCCCCAGUUUCUCGCCGGAUUGUCCGCCUCGUAUCCGUCGUAUUGGUGUGCUCUGCUGCCAGCACGAUCCUUCUCGACGGCCUAGUGCAGCUCAACUGGUUGAAAUGCUUCAAGGGAACUAGUUGCAGUUAAGUUAAAACCUUAAGUUGAUUCUCUUUUUUAGUGUAAGCUAUCCUAUCCUGUAUAAGCGCAUGGGCUGCGCUUCAGCCUUCCAGCAUCCUCACAAGCUCCGAAGCGGACGGUCUCAAGUUCGGGUCAUGCUGGAAACACGCGUCUGCUGCCUUCGAGAUCCGCUGAGGACAAUUACAGGAGAGACUCGGUCUCAAUGUGCCAUCCACGACCUCUUUGAGGAUGUGGAAUGGCUUCAUCUUCUCCCCGUUAGCCCCCAAAGUAUUGUGGUACGGGGCUUCACAAGUGUCUAGCUCCGUUAGCAGCACUCCGAAUGAAUAAAUAUCUGCCUUCUCCGUGUACUCCGUGCUCUCGAGCACUUCUGGUGCGGUCCAGAAGGGAGUUCCCACCCCAGCA